AUGUCCAGUGCGCAUACUUGUCGCCCGAGCCACUGGAGCAGCACAGAGCGCGUCGCUUUCCGUGAACGCCGUAGCAUGGUUAUCCAGACAAGUUCCUUGGGUGUUGGGCACAGCAAACGUCCCCAUUGUCACCCGGCUUUGGAUCCGGGUUGCAUGGUUCCUGCCGGAAGCGGCCGUUGCGGUUCAAGUCCUCGUGUAUCGUUUCAUGAAAAUCAGGUGCAGGCAAUCCAAUCUAGUCACCUGAUGUCAGAGACCCAGACCAAGUUUCAACAGUCGUCCAUUUCUUCAAUUACUUGGGCUGAAUCACAGCCUUUUGUCUCACCCUUGAGACAUGAACUGGUGCGCCUUCAAAUCGCGACAAAUGAAAGCGAUGAAGAUACAUCGAUGACCUCAACAAACGACAACAAUGUUGAUCUUAAUUUACAUGCCGUGCAGGUGAUGGACGCGAUCAACUGUCCGGUUGUCAUGUCUAAUGGUCGCCGCAGAACCGCUCCGGACAUGUCUCUGUCUUCCAUUGAAAAAAUAAGACUGCAGGAGUUCUAUUCCCCUGCCCAAUUCAGCCUGACCAAUGUCAACGGAUUGAAUCUUGCGGAUAUCGACCCUUCCAACCCUUUCGUACCCAAUUCAUCAACCUCGCCAAUCCCCGAGGGGACGCCGUUGCGUACACCCCGUCUACUUCGACGAAAUCAUUCGAGCAUGAAGUUACAAUCGUCUAUACGUCUGGCGUGGAAAGUCGACCGUUUUAUUUUGGCCAUUCACUUGGCGAGAAAAGCAAAUUCCCGGUGUCAGCUGUUGCAAGAGUGGGGCGUAACAGCCGGUGACAACGAGCAUUUGGUCUGGCAAAGCGCCGAGGAAAAGCAGACGGGAACCACAGCUGGACAUUGUACUCCGUAG